CGACCCCCUCCUCUUCCUGCAACCCUGGCGAGACCCCGUCACGUGACUGGGACCGUGGUGGUGCGGGACGCGGCGGCGGCGGCGGCGGUUGCCACUAGAGCCGCGGUCGCGUUGGGGAGGGCGAGUGAGCAGGCAAGUUGUAUUCCCCUUCUAUCUGGAAUGAAGGACCAUCUAUGGGAUUGUACUCAAGAUAAUGUUCCUGGAAACGUAUCCAAUGGCAUUCUCUUUUUUUGAGUGAUUUAUAUCUGCUCUUUUGAUGGUUUUCAUACCUGAAGGAUUUAUUUUCCUUGUGGAAAUAUUUAAACUAUAAAAUUGCUCCUUGGUGGAAACUAUUUCCUCCAUUUGAAUACUGUACAUCAUGGGAGACAUGGCCAACAACUCGGUAGCAUACAGUGGCGUAAAAUACUCUAUGAAAGAUUCAAAUCAUGGAGACUUUGGAAUCACACUUGAAGAGCUUCGUGAUCUUAUGGAAUUGCGUGCUGCAGAUGCUUUGCAUAAAAUACAAGAAUGCUAUGGGGAUGUGUAUGGAAUCUGUGCAAGAUUGAAAACUUCUCCAAAUGAAGGCUUAAGUGGAAACCCUGCAGAUAUAGAAAGGAGAGCAGCUGUGUUUGGGAAGAAUUUUAUACCUCCUAAAAAGCCAAAAACAUUUCUUCAGUUAGUAUGGGAAGCAUUACAAGAUGUUACGUUAAUUAUAUUAGAAAUUGCAGCCAUAGUAUCAUUGGGCCUUUCUUUUUACCAACCUCCAGGAGGAAAUGACGCAUCAUGUGGAACAGCGUCAGUUGGUGAAGAAGAAGAAGAAGGUGAAACAGGCUGGAUUGAAGGAGCUGCAAUCCUCCUGUCUGUUGUUUGUGUGGUAUUAGUCACAGCUUUCAAUGACUGGAGUAAAGAGAAACAAUUCAGGGGGUUACAGAGCCGCAUUGAACAAGAACAGAAGUUUACCGUCAUCAGGGGUGGCCAAAUAAUCCAGAUACCUAUAGCGGACAUAAUUGUCGGUGAUAUUGCACAAGUAAAAUAUGGUGACCUUUUACCGGCAGAUGGUGUACUUAUACAAGGAAAUGACCUCAAAAUUGAUGAAAGCUCACUGACUGGAGAAUCUGAUCAUGUUAAGAAAACGUUGGAUCGAGAUCCUAUGUUGCUCUCAGGUAUCAUGUAA